AUGAUUGCGCUGCUUGCCAAGAUAGCGGUAAAUAUCCCUGUACUGGGCGAUCUUGCUGAAGAGCAAUCCAGCUCUGAAAACAAGGCAGAAAUGUACGAUGGUAGCGAUACCAGUAACUGUGAUGUUGCUAAUUCGUAA